GUUUCCGAUCGAUUGCUGUGUGGCAUUGCGGCUGGCUUCGUUGAGGAAGUUCGGGAGGCUGACCCUGACUUAGCAGAGGAUCUUCGAAGUGCUGGGUUGUUACAGGAGUUGCACCGGCAAUCAACGACGAAGCACGAAAAUAAAUCAUCAAAGACCUUCGAAAAGCAUGGCUUAUCCUGUCCCAUACAGAUCGAAACGGUGGAUGUGGGUCCAGGCCAAACACAUCCUGUUCUGAAGGUUGCUGAUUUGUUGCAAGCUUUGGCUUCGUGCAACAAGUUGUGUUUGCUUUGGGGUGCUACGUCUACGACGACAACUCAUCAAAACACUGAAGUGCUACCGAAAUUCUGGCGACGCUGGAGGCAGCACGACCCGCAGCACGCAGUAUUCCAGCACCAUCGGGAUCACUUGGCUUAUGUGCUGCCACUGCAACUUCAUGCAGAUGAAGGGCAAACCCUUAAGAAGACUGGUGUGAUGGUAGUGAAUUGGCAGUCGCCGAUUGGUUUUGGGCUUUCUACAACGGAUGAUUGCCCUGAAGCUAUGUCCUUAAACUACCUUGGAAACUCCUAUGCCACUCGUUUCCUCUACACGGUCUGCCAUAAGAAGUGCUACAGCAAAGGAAAAUCCGAGUUCUUCACGGGCAUUAUGGAAAGAUUAGCUGACGAGCUUUUGGAUUUAUUCUGGAAUGGUGUAACACUGAAUCUUAGGGGCAAGAAAGUUGCCUUCUACGCAGCUUUGUUGGGGCUUAAAGGCGAUUGGCCGAUACAAGCUCGCAUCGGCAACUUGUCACGACACUUCGCCCGCAAAGGCGUGUUUCAGGUUUCUGCUAAGAGCGGAUUUUGCCAUCUGUGCCGAGCUGGGGAGCAGGGCUACGAUGCAAACGAUUAUGGAUCAUCUGCUUCGUGGCGAGCCACAUACUUGAAAUGCAUUCCCUGGGAUUCAGAAGGGCCGUUGUGUCGGGUGCCGCAGUCGCCGGCGAAGGAGUUUAUUCAUAAGUUUGAUCUCUUUCAUACGGUGCACAAGGGCGUUUUCGCCGAGCUUGCUGGCAGUGCUCUAGUUGUUAUCACCGACUACAGUUUGGUGGGCAGCGGCGACAUCCCGCAGCAGCUUGAUGCCAUCUACGCUUUAGCUGUUCGGCACUGCAAGGCAACAAACACAGCAUUGCAUAUGGAUGGGCUGACUCGGCAUCUCUUGUCCUUCAGCGCGGACUACGAUUAUCCGGUUGGGAACUGGUUCAAAGGGGCCGAUACCUCGGCCAUGUGUUCUUUUCUUGAAGCUUUCUGGGCGGAGCACAUCGCGGCGCAUGCAAACGAAUCGGACGAGUACUUGCGUGGGUUUCUUGAAUGCUUGCGGGCCGCGAAUAUUUUUAUGAGGACGUUGUAUCGGUCUGGCCUUUGGCUUUCACAAGAGCGAUGCAGAACUGCUGCUGAGGCUGGGGCUGCCUUUUUAAAAGCCUACAUCGAAACGUCAAGUCGGGCGUUUGAUCAACAGAAGACCCGGUUUAAGCUCACGCCGAAAUACCAUGGUCUUAUCCACAUCGUGGACAACUUGAUUACUGGGUACAAUGCUGACAGGCGAUGGACGCUAUCACCGCUGUCCGAGUCCACCCAAAUGGACGAGGACUUUAUUGGACGAGUUUCAUCUACCACAACGAAGGUUAGCUCCAGAAAAAUGCAUCGUCAGACUCUCUCGCGGUACCUUACAAACAUGUGGAUGCAGGUUCACGGCCGCUGA